CCUGCUGCGGAAUCUCCCCAGCCCGUCCCUACAUGCUGUUACUCCCCUUCUUCCCUCUCUUUCGUUUAUUCCUCUGUAUUAUCCUCCUUGGUCGCAUUCUCUUCCUCUGUCUCUCCUUUCUCAACUUUGCCGUGGCCUUGGCUCACAGGCCCGCUUCGGCCAUGUUUCAGGUAACAACACCUCAUAUCGUCUCCCGCUCCGAAUCAGGCACACCCCUCGUGCACCUCCUGCUCGUGCUAAUCAUACCGCGUCUUGGUGAUAACACAGCGUUUGCGCGACGCGAUCGACUCGCGGAUUGCCGAGGAGCAAGCUCGUCAACGCACCGCCCAAACCUCCAUCUCCCGCUCCAACUCCGCCCGCCAACCUUCGAACCGCACCACCACCUCCCCAUCCCGCCGCUCUGGCCGCCCGCGCCGCAACACCGGCACCCCCGUCCGGGGCCCCGACCCCAAUGAAUUCGAGCCCGAGUUCGCCAUUGGGGAUGAUGACUCCUCGAGUAGAUCGGGAACGCCGCGACCUGAGGCCGCAGCCGGAGGAGGCUCCGAGGCCGCUCCGGAGGGCAACAAUGCUGCAGCCGGAGAGGGCCAAGGGCAGGAGGGGCCCGCAACGGAGAAGGAGUCCACGCCGGCAAAUGCGGAA